CAGAUGAAUUAGCAAUGGACUAUGUUAAUUAAUUCUACUGUGGAGUAAUUGUUCAAUUGUUAUGACAAUCAUGAAUGACCCUGCGGUUAAGAAGGCGAAAUUGAGGAGUGCAAGGAUUAAAGCUGUCAAGGCUGCCAAAUAAUGACUUUGUAGGAAACUUCCGACAGCCAUUCUGCUCCAGAGAAAGGUGGAAUGUGAUGCUAAAGCUUUGAAAAUUGUGGAACGUUUGAUAGAAACAGGAGUUGAAGAAGAAUGGUUGCUCACGAAUAUGAGGCAGGUCAAUCGAUCGCACCUAGAAGACGUGAUCGAGGAGAGAGCGAUUAUGAAGCUCUGCGGCUAUGCCCUAUGUGACAAUCCUCUAACAAGAGUAGUCAACAAACAGUAUAAAAUAUCAACUCUUAGGAAUAAAGUCUACGAUGUCCAGAAAACCAAGAACUUCUGCAGCUUCUGGUGUUACUCAGCAACUGAAUAUCUUCUGGCACAAAUGCUGACGAGUCCUCUUUGGCUCAGGGCUGAAGAAGAGAUUCCAGAUUUUAUUCUGUUCGAUAAACCAAAAGAAACAGUAAAAAAUCCACCUGGAGUUGAGGUUAACAUCAUUGGACUUGACCUUCCCUCUGAUGCAGGUCAUCCAUCAGGAACAGACGGUAAAAUCAGUAGGAAAGAAAGUGACAGAGAUUUUGAAGAAUCUAAAGAUGUUAGUGCAAGGAGUGCCACGAAAGUGGAGUAUAAGGAAGAUGUGAAUGCCACCAAUGACAAGAGUAAGACUUCUACAAGAGAUUGCUACAAAUCAUUGAAGCAAGUUCAAUUCUGCCCCGACCAGAUCAAUGCUCAAGACACUAAUGAAUUGCAGGAAACUGGUCGAGAUAAAUCUGAACGUUUGGAAGAGGAAAAAAACAGCUUAAGCACUGAACCGAAAUUCCCUGAUACCCUUAUCACAUCAGAAAUAACAGAAGCAUCAACAAAAAAUUCUGAAAAAGCCCGUCAGAAACCCCUAGAAAACAGUAAAAUUAACAAAUCUGAAUUCACUAAAAAUACCAACAAAAUGAAGAAGCUCAAACAGAGACCAACUGUAUCUUUUGCAUCACUGACGUCUCGAGUGGAGCAGAGCAUCACAGAAUGGAUCAGCAAACAUACAAUACAGCUUUUACAUGGUGACGAGUCAACCAAGCAGAACCUUCUGGAGACCCUAACAAUGCAAGAGAGAUACGGAGAGCUUUGCAAGAAGUUGAAUGCUGUUCAACUCGAGGAGUCAAAAGAGGAUCGAGUCUCAGCGAUUCAAUCGACUGUUCUCCAACCAAUGCCCCACUUCUCAGUUCUCAAAGAGGAAGCUGAGGCGUUAGAACUCAAGGUGCGAGCGUUUUACCACGGAAGUACAGUCGUUGAACCUCAAGUUUCGAAACCUAGUGCAGAAGAAGAGGCGCCAGAUACUGUGGUCCCAUUGACGCCAGCACAUGCCCCCAUAGCCUUACGACGUAGGAUUUUCCUUGAUAAAUUGAACAAAGUGCUUCCUGACCUGUUGAGAACUUUGGCAGGUUCAGGACAGAGUCAAUACACCUAUACGCCAGACAAAGCAGGAAAAGUGAAAGCACUAAUCAGUACCUUCAAGCUCUCUGCGACAAACAUUGUUUUCAAAACUGCAGAGUGGACGUUGGUGGCCUUGUUAAUCAUUAAAAUUCUCAGUAUCAUCGAUGUAAAUGUUAAAAAAUUGCUGGCUAGCAAGCAAGCCACGAUGUAUACGUCGAUGAUUCUGAUGUCUUAUCAGUUAGAUUCUAGUUAUUUGGAUAGACUGGUUGGUUCGUUGACUCUCCCAGAGGAUACCAAUGAUAGUGCUCUUUCUUCUGAUUAAUCAUAAUUUUUAUAUUAAUAAAUUUAUUGAAGAUA